AUGACAACCCCCAUCUCCGUCUCCGACGGCUGGUGGACAUUCACCAACUACGCCCCCCUCACCACAACAUACACCCCAGCCCCAGGCUGCACUGCAUCGGAACGACUCGGUCUUGGAUAUGUCAAUCACGGCUAUGUCAACCUCGAAUACGGUGUGCAAUGCACCAGCGAAGUGAAAUUUGAAGACUGCAUGCCCACCGCAACGGCAACGGCGACUUCCUUCCCCGAUCCGCCCACUGAAGCUGGCUGGGCGGGCAUGGGAGGCUACUACUCACCGGGCCUGUACUGUCCCUCGGGGUGGGAGACUAUUGGCGUUGCGGCGCGCGAUGCUAGCAGUUCCCUCACUUCGUCGGGGAUACUGAGUGCGACGCCGACUGUGACGAUUAGUACCUCGGACCCCAUGUCUUAUUAUUAUGCGACAGCAACGUGGGACGAUCCUGCUACGCUGUUGAGGGAUAAUCUUGAGCCGCAGCAGACUAUGGCUGUUUGCUGUCCUAGCUCAUUCAUCCCCGACCUCCUCGGCGGCUGCUACUCCAUCGUCUCAGACUACAAGCUCACAUGGGGCUGUCAAUCCUACACAGGCUACAACUACGAGUACGGCGAGGUAACGGAGACAUACACCCACGGCACGCACACGCGCACUUACGUUAGAGAAGAGCCAACGACUACCAUUUACACUACCGAGACUGACACGCAUACUUUCAACCGUCUUGAGAAGAGCACUUACUCGGCUAUCUCGUACGUGCCUAUGAUUACCUUGCUGCAUCAUGAAUCGGACUUGGCGAGCGCGAGCUCGGCUUCGGCGUCGGCGACGGGGUCUAAGGCAGGGAACGCUACUGGCACUGCGGCGGCGACGUCGAAUGCCGCGGUGAGGUUGGUUGGUGGACGCCAUGGGUGGAAUGGGAUUGGGGCUGUUGCUGGGAUUGUGAUGGCGGCUAUGGGGUUGGGGGCUGCUAUUGUUCUGCAGUGA